AUGGCCGACGACGAUAGAGUAACUCGACUCCUGGCGUCUACUUGGUCAUUGAUCGGAACAAGUGCCACACUGCUUGCCCUCCGGAUCUAUUGCAAGAUAUGGCGCGGGCGGGGUUUAUGGUGGGAUGAUCACUUAUUGGUAGCUGCUUGGAUAAGCUUAGCGAUUUCCGUGUCCAUCAACUCCUACAUAAUCUCUUUAGGGUUCGGGCAUCACUUAUCGACCAUCAGCGAUCACAACAAAAGGACGAUCAACCUUUUUACGAUUCUUGUCGCAAUCUUCAGCAUCCUUGCCACAACAUUGAGCAAAACAUCCUUCGCUCUCAUGCUGUACCGACUCGUCUUGAAUGAAUGGCUGAAAUACUUUUUGAUCUUUGUUAUGGUCACGAUAAACAUAUCAUUGAACCUAGUGUGGAUAUUCGGGUUUGCUAAAUGCACACCGCUGACAAAAGUUUGGGACCCUAGCGUUCCUGGGGAGUGCUGGGACAAGACGCGCCUUGUCAAAUACCAACUCUUUUCUGCUUAUUAUUCUGCCAUACUGGAUUUAGUUUUGGCAAUUCUUCCCUGGCCGAUCCUCAUGGGGGCGACAUUGAAACGGCGCGAGAGAUUUGGUGUCGCUGUGGCGAUGAGCCUCGGCGCAAUUGCUGGGGCUUGCGGUAUCGUAAAGGGGGUGCUGGUGGUGUCAAUGACCAGUACGGACAUCACG